GGUCCAGAGUUGACGAGGUAUUAAAGACCGUGGACGUUUGCCGAUGCACGACCAGCUACUCGUACUCACCUGCACCCGCCGCGCGUGUCUGUUCUUCACCCAGUGCACAUCCACCUCGCCCGCCGUGCUCGUUCUUGACAACGCCUUGCGACGACACCACGCUAUGUGCACGCUCACCAUCCACACCGUCGUCGACACCAUUCAGGCAGCCACCAACACGCCGAUGGCCGGUCCGCUCCUCGCAGUUGCUUGUGAUAACAAGUCGACUGGAGUACGGUGCUGCGCGCUCUCACUGCAAAGUCCGAUCUGCACGCCAUUCACAAGUACGGGACCGAAGACAUGCCAUUUCGCACAUCGUCGCCCUCCCCGCUGACGACACCACCAUCGCGU